AGUAAACGUGAUACGAAAGUAUUGAAAAAUACGACGAAUGUGAAUAAUCAAAAUGAAUCAAAUUUGAAAAAUCAACGAAAAGACUGGUGGCACAUAAGGCGAAAGCACGACUGUCCACCACAAAAUAUAUCAUCGCCUAAAAAUUAUCCGAAUAAUUUGCAAGGUUUGCCAGAGCAACAGCAGUUUCCUGAGGAGAAUUGGACUGACGAUAGGAUGAAACUCCUUCAAUUCGAAAUAGCCAGUCGUGAAGAUACACUAGAAAAUGUCGAAUCAUUACCAACCGAGAAAUCUUCUGUUAUUGAUUUGCCAACAAAACCCGUUCUAACGGCGAACGUAUGA